AUGCCCGUCUUCACCGAAUACUCUGCAUCGUCCCGAGAUCUGCGGGUCCUGCCUUCGUUUGCACCACCACUCCCUCGACUUGCGCCGACACCACGGGUCGAGGGUGGUGAUGCACAAUACGAGGUUAUCGUGGUUGGAGCAGGUCCCGCGGGACUGAUGCUGGAGUUACUACUGGCACGAUAUGGAUUGAGCGACGAGUCCUUGCUUUGUAUAGACUCCAAAGCGAGCACGCUAAAGUCUGGUCAGGCGGAUGGUCUCCAACCACGUACACUCGAGACAUUGAAAUCACUAGGCCUGGUCGAUGAGAUCCUCACUGAGGGAUGCCAGAUGUGGCAGGUCGCUUUUUGGAAUCCCUCCCAAGACAAAGCUAAGAUCAUAGAGAGAACGUCUCUUGUUCCUGACGUGGCCGUUCCAGCACGGUAUCCUCACGAGGUCACAAUUCACCAAGGUCGGAUCGAGCGCAUCUUGGAAACGGAUCUUUUACGAUACUCGAAACGCGGCGUGCAGCGCAACACCAACCUUCUCGAUGUGAAGAUAGACGAAGAAGGGGAUCCAGACUACCCCGUGGUCGCCGAGCUCGAAAGCGAAGGUUGUCGUCGCAAAGUCCGAACAAAAUAUUUGGUGGGGGCGGACGGCGCUCAUUCUGUUGUGAGACGUGCUAUGGGACUGAGGCUGGAGGGCGAAUCGCUCGACCAUAUCUGGGGCGUGAUUGACCUCAUCGUGGACACCGACUUCCCUGAUAUUCGUCGGAGGUGUGCGAUUCACUCCCCUGCGGGCUCAGUCAUGGUCAUUCCCCGUGAGCGCGUUGCCACUGGUGACUACCUGACCCGACUCUAUGUCCAGGUUCCCGGUGACUACAAACCAUCUAGUGAUCGACGGACGGACGGGAACUCGAGUGGUCCUGCGCCAGGAGACGCAAGAGCCCGUCGUAGCCAAGUUACGGACAAGACCAUAUUUGAACAUGCCGCAGCUGCGUUCAAGCCUUACUAUAUUCGACCUAAGACAGAGGGAGCUGUCGAUUGGUGGGCAGCGUACCAGAUCGGCCAACGAGUCACUGAUCGUUUCUCGGUGAAGGAUUCCAAGGGUGUCAAUCGAAUUUUCAUUGUUGGAGAUGCCUGUCAUACGCAUAGUCCCAAGGCUGGCCAAGGGAUGAACGUGUCGAUGAUGGACUCCUGCAAUCUGGCCUGGAAGUUGGCUUACCGCAUCAACGGUCUGAUUCCGACGUCAAUGAACAGUGCGCAAGAUGCAGUCCUCGACACUUACCAAACGGAGCGACAGACUAUUGCUCAGCAACUGAUUGAGUUUGACAAAGCCUUUUCAUCAAUGUUCUCAGGGAAAAUCGGCGCCACCGAGGAUGGCGUGCAGGGCUUGACGCACGAGGAAUUUUUGCAAGUGUUCAGUCAGGGCAAUGGAUUCACCAGUGGAUGCGGUAUUGAGUAUCCCGACAGCGUUGCCGUCGACCGGAGUAUCAAUGGAUCCAAAAAUCCUAUCACCGGAACGGACUACUUGUCAGGACUUCUGCGGCCGGGUCGCAGAGUCUUGAAUGUGCGCGUGAUUCGGCACGCCGAUGGUUGUCCUCGAGAUCUCCAAGACGAUUUCCCAUCAACUGGCCGGUUCCGUAUUCUGUGCCUCACCUCUUCCGAUCUGUUGGACAAAGAGGCGACGUCGGCCAAGACUCUCACUGCCUUGGGGGAGAUUAUUACCAACUUCCCGCCUUCAAUCAUUGAGCAAGUUGUGAUUCACCCUCGCCUAUCCCGAUCAUUUAUGUGGCAUGAUAUACCAUAUGAAGUCAAGAAGUACUCAGAAAUGUCGUUCUAUAGCGGACACGAGAUCGAAGAUGUGUACGCCACCUAUGGGGUCGAUCCGUCUAGGGGUGCUCUUGCUGUAAUCCGACCGGACGGCUACGUGGGAACGAUUGCAGAACUGGCUGAUGUGACACGGGUUGACACAUUUUUGAGCAGUCUGAUCGUGUCCAGAAGAGUGCGAACAUAA